AUGUCGGUAAAGCCAACUAUUGGCUUUGAUAAAAAUCGAUCAGGUUUUCAGAAAUCUUUCGAGCAAACGAAUGAAUCAAGCAAACGGAAUGAUUCAAAUAGUUUACCAAGUCAACCAAUUCAUACUGCACUUGCUCUAUACAAUUUUCAAGCUCAAUCGAACAGAGAAUUAUCGUUCAAAAAAGGCGAAAUGAUUGUUGUCAAGCGUCGUGUCAACGACGAUUGGCUCGAAGGUGAACAUCAUGGAUUAACAGGUAUAUUUCCUGUGAAUUAUGUGGAAUUAUUUCCUUAUGAACACGCUAAUGACAAUGCGAACGGUGAAGGCAUUGUUAAAUAUGAUUAUAAUCCUCAAACACCACUUGAAUUACAAUUAAAGAAGGGCGAAAAAGUCAUUCUCUUACGUAAACUCGAUCAGAAUUGGUAUGAAGGACGAGUUAAUCACACUGAAGGAAUCUUUCCAGGAGAUUAUGUGGAAAUAAUAACGGAACCCGAAGAACACCCACCGAAACAAAAUGAUUCUCCAGUAAAUAAUCUCAAAGCACCCAAGAGUGUCUUGAAAAACUCGACUGGACCGAAAACUGCUUCGGAUUUUACCAUUCCGAUGCAAAAGUGCCAAGUGCUUUAUGAUUACACACCUCAGAAUGUCGAUGAACUCGAAAUCCAUGUUGGAGACAUCAUCAAUAUUCUCGAAAAAUGUGAUGAUGGUUGGUACUGUGGCAUCAUGGAGAAUUGUGCGCAUGGAAAUAACAUGAAAUUCGGUACAUUUCCAGGCAAUUACGUUAAAAUCUUACCUUCUUAA